UUUUGUGCAACCAAGUGUCAUCGUCCUGUGUGGAGCAGCAUUGUGCUGGGUCGAAGUGAUCUCCUCAAAUAGUUUAUAGCCGAAGGACAAUUUCUCCUCGUGAUAAGUGUGAUAGCGUGUGAUAGCCAAUUCUAACCAGGAUGAGAAUUCUACUACUCACAACCCUAGUUGCGGCAUGCUCUUGUGCUCGCUUAGAAAAUAACUACCUGCCGCCACCUGGAGCAGCUUCCGCUGGAGGUGGCCCAGGAUUGACUGCACCUGCCCCAGGUGGAUUCGGAGGUAGACCAUCGGGAGGACAUGGUGGUGGCGGUGCUGGUGGACCCGGAGGACCAGGAGGCUUCGGAGGCAGACCAUCUGGGGGACACGGUGGUGGUGCUGGAGGACCAGGAGGACCAGGUGGUUUCGGAGGUAGACCAGCAGGAAGUCAUGGUGGUGCCGGAGCAGGUGGACCAGGAGGUGCGGGAGGAUUCGGUGGCCGACCAGGUGCUGGUGGUGCUCCAGGACGUCCAGCAACCGCCUACGGCCCCCCAGCUGGCGGAUUUGGCGGUGGUGCUCCUUCUUCUUUCGGUGGUGGAUUUGGAGGUAGUGCCCCAAGUGGUGGAUUCGGAGGUAGUGCCCCAAGCGGUGGAUUUGGAAAAGGAGCCCCUGCUGCACCAGCUGGCCCACCAAUAGAGAUCCUGUCGUACGAAAACGUUAACAAUGGCGAUGGUAGCUACAAAUUUAGUUAUGAAACCGCUAACGGAAUCAGAGCCGAAGAACAGGGAGAACUGAAGAACAAGGGAUCGGAAAAUGCAAUUCAAUCCGCUCAGGGAUCUUUCUCGUACACCUCCCCCGAAGGACAGGUCAUCACCCUUAACUACGUUGCCGAUGAGAACGGAUUCCAGCCCCAGGGUGAUCAUUUGCCAACGCCACCUCCAAUUCCGGAGGAAAUUCUGAAGGCCACACAGGAACACGCUGCCGCCCAUGCAAGUGCAGCCGCCGCUGCUGGUGGUGCCGGAGGACAUGGAGGCAGUGGUGCUGGUGGAUAUAGUGGUGGAGCCGGAGGCGCUGGAGGAUACGGUGGUGGUGCCGGAGGUGCCGGUGGAUAUAGUGCUGGUGCCGGUGGAGCAGGUGGAGCUGGUGGAUACCCCGGAUCUGGACCAGCAAGCACAGGAGCAGGCUAUCCAUCUGGAGGACCACUGUCCGGUGCACGGCCCGGAACUGGACGUCCGUCUGGAAGUGGAUCGUUCAGCCCACAGUCAGGAUACAAAUACUAGGAGAUGUAGCGAAACUUAUGAGAUAAUUUUGAAAAACCAUUUCUUGCCUGAUCUGAUCCCAUUAGCAUGACUGUAAAUAAACUAAAAUAGAGCAAAAUGGCGGCGCUAUAAAUAAAGAAAAA